GUGAAGUGCCUUGAGACAACAUGUGUUGUGAAUUGGCGCUAUAUAAAUAAAACUAAAUUGAAUUGAAUUGAAUUUCUUAGUUUUCUAUUUUUAGUAAAUUUCCCUAAUCCCACAACUUUUCUUCACAUCGUCAUAAUGGGGUAUUGUGUGUAGAAUUUUGAGGAAUGAGAUUAAUUUGAAAUCAUCUGGAUUAAGGCUGUAACUAUGAGUAAAUGUGGAAAAAUUUCAGCGCUGUGAAUAUUUUCUGGAUGCACUGUAUUUGUUAUGUUCUGUUUGACCCUUUUCAGUUUUAGUUUUCCCUGCUAGGUUCUAUCCCUCAGCUGUUCAGCACUGCCCUGAUUAGACUCACCUGGUUUUAAUGUCACUCAUCACCCCUCCUCUGUAUUUAAGCUUCCCGAUUUUUGUUAUUUCCUUGUUUCUGCACUUCAGCCCUGUUUAACCACCACAAACACUGACACUAAUUGCUUUAAUGUGUCAGUAAUUAAUAAAACUGGAGACAACUGCAAAAUUGGUUUUAUAUAUUGUAAACAAAUGUUUUGCUUAAAAAAAUUAUUUAAUUUAAAAAUAUGUGAUUAUUUCAUAACCAAACACUGCAGCACAUCAUGACUUCAUUUUAUCAUAUUAUCAUUUCAUCAUAUUAUCAUUUUAUUAUUUUUAAGUAUUGCUUUUUGAGAUUUGCUUUAACAGUUUUUUUGACUGAGGUCCUGUGAGUUCUCAGGACUAGUCUCUUCGAUGAUUGAUGCCAAAAAAUGUUCUGAAGAGACAGACACUGGCUUCAACAUGAAACACUUUAAGGCCUCGACCUUCCCAUGAAACAGCCAGUGAAGUCCUAACUGUAAAAGCAUGGGGCUAGCAUUGAGUGUGUUGGAACGGUUCUUUGACAACAUGAAAUUCGAAGCUGGUGGUUGGCUGAAAUUCUUGUCUAGUGGGGUUUGCAUGUUCUCCAAUUUACUAAAGAUGCUCUGGUGUUCUCUAUGUAUGUUCACCUUGGGUGAGAGUCUGUUUUACUUUCUAUUUAGACACGCAAUGGCUCUGCAACCUGUUAGGAUCGACUUGGCUUUUCAUCGAAUGUUAGAUGGGACCAGUUCCAACCCUGUGGGUCUUGGAAAGUAAAGGAAAGGUUAUACACUUUAAACAGAAUAAUUAAUCUUUCUCAGCAUAUCCCUGAGAGUAAGAUGAGCAAUGAACUUAAUUUUUAUUUUUUGAAUCCUAAUUUAUAAAUUUCAACAGGAACAACAGCAACAAUUGUUUUUUUGCAACUGUUGCCCAUCAAAAGAGUUAUACACACAACAAAAUAUCUUCAAUGACGCAUGUGCAUGAUUUAGAAAAUCCAGCACAGACAGAAGAUUGCAAACAUUUGGAUACAUCGUGCUUGUCGGGGUUUUGGUUUGUGUGUGUGUUUUUGUGUUUCCAACAUUGUGUUCAGUUUCCCAGAUGGUGCUGGAGUUCUCAGGUACACUGGUGGACAGGUGCAUCUUGUUCUGCUGAUUGCUUGGAGGAGUAUUUAAGCAGGAGGCUGCCAGCACUUUGAGUGUUUGCCUACAGUGGUAACGAACUCAGCCACCUCUAGACUAAGCUUUGUUUUUUGUGCUCCUUGUAACCUUGUUUUAUGCUUCUUCGCUGACAGAGAACCUGACUCUUGGAUUUACAGAAGACUCUGUGGCUAAAAACUACCUACAGACUUCGCUUCCUGAAUUAUUGUCUUCGACUGGAUUUUGCUCUGGCCGGCAGCCAUCCUGAUUCCUUUGUUUCUCUGCAUCUGGACAUUUAGUGUAUCCUGUCCACCCUCGUACGUAAGCCAUUAUAACUUUACAACUUGGAUUGCCUCACGGUUUUUGCUCCACCUCAGAACAGCACCAGGAGAAAACAUCAAGACGAACACUGCUUAUAUGGACCUAAACCCCGAAUCCCUCAACCACUGGCGACCUGACUACAUCCAACUACCCUGGUGUUGAGCACUGCAGAGGAAGAGUCGAGGUGUCCUCUCGGCCAUUUUCCAUGUGGCAACAUGAGUGAAUGCCUCCCUCAAGCUUUGCACUGUAACGGACAUAAAGAUUGUCCAAAUGGAGCGGAUGAGUGGCGCUGUGGUGACAACAUCGGUUUGGCAGACUUCAUCGGAGAAACCCUUCAGAACCGACCUGUGAAUCCUCCUUUUCUUAAUGAAUGUUUCUUGCAGGAGUACCCCGAAAAUUGUGACUGCAUACAAACAGAUGUUGAGUGUGUGGAGGUUGACCUCGAGGAUGUGCCUCUGCUUUCUCCAAAUGUUACGUGGCUGUCGCUAAGGAGCAACAAGAUCCGAGUUCUGUCCGACUUUGUUUUCUCUGAAUACUCUGCACUUGAGAGAUUAUUUCUACAAAACAACAGCCUCCAGUUCAUAUCAAAACACGCCUUCAGUGGACUGUACAGUCUGAGAAAGUUGUUUUUAAGUGACAACUUCAUAUCCUCCCUCAGUCCUGGUGUGUUCAAGGAUCUGAAUCAUUUGGAGUGGCUGAUGUUGGAUCAUAACCCACUUAGCAGCUUGACCCAUGAGACGUUCUUUGGACUUCGUUCUCUCGUAUUUCUGUCGAUGGUGCAAACUUCGCUGCAGCAGCUUCCUCAUCCCAGCUUCUGUCAACACAUGCCUGCCCUGGACUGGCUAGAUCUGGAGGGAAACCAAAUUCAGACUCUCAACUAUUCAAUUUUAAAGACAUGCAGCAAGCUGGAAGUCCUGUUACUGAUGGACAACAGGAUCACAGGAGUUCCUGAAAACACAUUUCAGUCUCUAUGGAAGCUUGCUGAACUAAAUCUUUCUGGUAACAGGAUCAGGGAGCUGCCGAAGAACACGUUUAAGAGUCUCUCCAAGUCCCUCCUGAAACUAAAUAUAUCCUACAAUCCCCUUCUCCGCAUUCAUCCGAGCCACUUCAACCACCUGACACAGCUUCAGUCUCUGGCGCUGGAGGGUAUCGAGAUCCCAGAUAUUCAGACUAAAAUGUUUCUUCCCAUGAAGAACCUCUCCCACAUCUACUUUAAGAAGUUCCAGUACUGCUCCUAUGCUCCUCAUGUGAGGUCCUGCAAGCCCAACACAGACGGCAUCUCUUCGUUCGAGGACCUGCUGGCGAACAUGGUGCUGCGGGUGUCUGUUUGGGUCAUGGCUUUCAUUACCUGCUUUGGUAAUCUCUUAGUCAUCGGCAUGAGAUCACUGAUUCGUGCAGAGAACAACCUGCACGCUGCCUGCAUCAAAGUCCUCUGCUGUGCAGACUGCCUGAUGGGGGUGUACCUGUUUUUUGUCGGAGUGUUUGAUGUGAAGUUCCGGGGGCAGUACAAUCGAAAUGCCCUGCUGUGGAUGGAAAGUGUGGAGUGUCGCACCAUCGGCUUUCUAGCCAUGCUCUCCUCAGAGGUGUCUGUUCUCCUCCUGACAUACCUGACUCUAGAGAAGUUCCUGGUAAUUGUGUUCCCCUUCAGCAAUCUGCGCCCAGGCAAACUUCAGACGGGGGUGAUCCUGUCUUCUAUCUGGCUGAUGGGCUUCCUUAUUGCUGCUGUGCCACUAAUGAAUGAAGACAUCUUCGGGAACUACUACGGACGUAAUGGGGUCUGCUUUCCCCUUCACUCUGACAGGCAAGAGAAACCUACAGCCAAAGGAUAUUCAACGGGGAUUUUUCUAGGUCUGAAUCUGCUGGCGUUCCUUGUGAUAGUCUUCUCCUACUCCAGCAUGUUCUACUCCAUCUACAAAACGGGCAUCAAUGCGACCGACCUGAGGAGCAGACUGCACAGAGACGUGGCGGUGGCCAACAGAUUUUUCUUCAUUGUGUUCUCUGACGCCCUCUGCUGGAUUCCCAUAUUUUUAGUGAAGGUCCUCUCGCUGCUGGAGGUAGAGAUACCAGACACGAUCUCCAGCUGGGUUGUCAUUUUUAUCCUUCCAAUCAACAGUGCCUUGAACCCAAUCCUUUACACCCUGACCACCAGCUUCUUCAGAGAGCAGGUGGAAGUGCUACUCUGUCGCUGGCAGAGAAGACACACGCUGAAGAAAGACCACAAAAGCCUCACCUCCUCCACCAUCUUCAUGGAGACGGCUCGGCCGCAGUGCUACCAGCCGCCUGCCUACCUCCAGCAGCUGUCGCUGGUCGAAGCGGACCCUCGCUAUGCCUGAGAGGACUUUUUAUUGAACUGUGCCAUUUUUAUAAACUACUGGUCAUAGCCCAAUUUUAUCGCCACAUUUUUAAGCUCUCACAUGACAGCUGCACUGUUUUUAACAGUCCCAGGAGGACAAAAAGUUACAAUCACUGUGCUGAUUCAUCGUGCUCUGACAUUUUUUUAAUGCCUUGUGUUUUUUGUCAAUUGUACACAAAGGCAGCGCCUUCAGCUUACUCUUAUAAAUGUCUUAAUCAGAGUCUCCUUAACAUGGGCAUGAGGAGCCAAGGCUUACACCACCAAUGUUUCAUCUUGGAGGAGUUUCCACCAUGUUUUCCAUGAAAAAGUCAACAAGUAGAUAACAUCCAACACUCCUGGCUCCUGUUGAUCCUUCAGUGUCGUCUGAUUGAAUUUAUGGGAGACUUUCAACCAGAUAUCGCUUUUAUCUCUGUCAUAUACACUGUUCUACAGACUGACCAACUCUUAAACACUUAUCGGGGAGCUGAAAUGACUUCAAGCAGAAAUGAAAAAAAUCGAUAAAGAACAAAGACUUUUUGCUUUUUUAUGAUGUAGCACUCAAACAUUUUUGUUUAUGGAAUUUCAAAUCAGCUUUUGUAUCAUGUUGUCAUUUACUGUACACAAAAUCAUUGCUUAUAUGAAAUGCCAAAACUCAAUUUUGGGUAAUUUCCGUACCUAUGAGAGAAUUAGACGUUCUAUUUCUGUCUCUGUUUCUUCUGUAGUUAAUUUUCCUCAAUUUGUUCUGGGCUUUAGAGGACGUUUAAGCUUUCCUGAUUAAACAGGUGUCUCUAAAUAAAUUAGGAUAGCAGAAAAGUAAAUUUUGCUAAUUCAGUUCAAAAAUUAAAACUCACCUUUUAUUUAGAUGUCUUACAGACAUUAGACAAACUGUAUAUUCUAUACAGUCUGUCUAAAAUGACUGUAUACAUUAUAUUUUAAAAUUCUAUUUCUGGUAAUACUAGUUAUAUCUUUCAUAUUUCAUGGUCCUAACAAAAAACUAAAACAAAUUCAGCUUCUCAAAAAAUGUGAAAGUAUGUGGUCAUAGGAAUUAGAAGUAUGUAAAUAUACUGUAUGGUACAGGCACUUAGUCAGGGGUCCUUUUGCAUGAAUUACUAUUCAUGGUUAGCGUGGUAUGAUCAGCCUGUGGCACUGUUGAGGUGUUAGGGAAGCCCAUGUUGCUUUAAUGGCCUUCACCUUAUCUGCCUUGUUGGGUCUGCUGUUUCUCAUUUUCCUUUUGUCGAUGCCCUAUAGAUUCUCUAUGGGGUUUAGGCCAAGCCAGUUUGGUGGCACAUCAAUCAUACUGAUCCCAUGAUCAUUAAAGCAGAUAUGUGUACUAUUGGUAGAUCGGGCAGGUGCCAGGUUCUGCUGGAAAAUGAAAUCAGCAUGUCUAUAAAGCUUGUCAGCAGAGAGAAUAAUGAAGUACUGUGCUGAUUUUACAUUUGAUAAAUAAAAGACUAAACACCCACACAUGCCAUGGCUCUCCAGAUCAUCACAGACUGUGGAAACUUUAAACCGGACCUUAAGCAACUUGGAUUCUGUGCCUCCACUCUUCUGCCAGACUGGGACCUUGAUUACCAAAUAAAAUGCAAAGAGAUUUUGAUUUGGAAAGAAAACUUUGGACGACUGAGCAACAGUUCAGUGCUUUUACUUCUUUCAAGUGAUGAACCAUGUCAUGGAUAAGUGAGUGUAUGGUUUCAGCUGCAGUUCUUUCCUUCUGAAUGAAAUUUUGAUUAGGUUUGGAUUCACAAUCCUCUCUUGGCUUAGACUAUUCAUGCUUUGCAGGCACCUCUUUCCAUCCACUCAACUUUCCAUUAAUAUACUUAAUAAUAUACAUAAUAUACAGAACUAUAAAGAGCCAAUUUUUUGUCAAUUACCUUUUGCUGUUUAUCUUACUUGUGGAGGGUGUCAAGUCAGCAGUCUUCCCUGUGAUUGCUUAGCCCAUAAUAUAACAUAUCUCUAUUUAAAAUAUUUUCAAUUGGUCUUAAGUAAUAGUCAAAUUUUUGGACAAAUGUAUCAUUCUAUAUGUAAUGGAUCUAUAUAGGUUUUCCUUUUGAACUUAAUUACUGAAUUUAUUUAACGUUUUGCUGAUUAUAUGAGAUGAAACUGAAGCUUCAGAAGACUAAACUAAUUCAGUAUUGUAUCAGGGUCAAAAUGUAAUGAUACGACUUUAUUAAAUGCUGUGGCUCUUUUAGUCCUCUUCACCGGUCUAAUCUGAUGCCACCUUUACUAUGUUUUUGUCUCUUUUUACACACCAUCUGCACAAAUUUUACCUCCCUAAUACGUUAUUAUUCAAAUAACUUGAACUGGAUCAAUGUUUUUGUAUCAACUUAGAUUUUUUUUUUUUGUGUUUUGUUGCACUAAUUGCCACAAGAAGGCCUGAAUACCUUAUUAAGACUGUUUCAAAGUAUCUUAGGAGUUUAAUUAGAAAAGGAAGAAUAAGUGAAUUAAUGAAUAGGAUUUUUUACAAUAUAAAUACAUUUUAUAAAUGUCCGCCAUAGAACCAGUAAAUGCAAAUCGGAUUAAAUAAGAAUUGUCUCUUGGUGUCAUGCUUUGUAUGUUUAUUUGUAAAAAUUUUUAUUAUACUUUGGUACAAAAGGCUGCUUUCUUGAUGUAUGUUAUGUACAAUAUGUAUAACGUUUUUUGAUUUAGGUUAUUGAAUUUCAUGGUUAUCGUUUGCUCUAUAUUUUAAAUAAAAGUUUGGUAAAGAA